CUCUGGCGUGACUGCAGCCUUAUUUAUGACACACCGAAGUAUAAAACCACCCGGCCCUCUGCUGCGGCGCUCCUCUCCAGUCCUGGCACUGGCCCCGAGAAGCCGGCGGCGGGCGCUUGUCACGGCCCCUCUUCUCUGCCCAAGGAGACUCAGUAGCUCUGUUGGGAAGCAUGCUGGGGAGGCUACUCGUCUGUUGGCCCCUGCUGGCCUUGCUUUGCCUCCCAUUUUGCCUGGGUCAAGAUGACUACAUGGAGGUGAGCAGAAGAGCUAAUGCAGUGGUGGCCAGGAUAGUACAGAGUCACCAGCAGACUGGCCGUAGCGGCUCCAGGAGGGAGAAAGUGAGAGAGCAGAGCCAUCCCCAAACUGGGACUGUGGCUAAUAACACGUCUACAGACCUAAAACCCCUGAGACCAGAUGGGCUGCCGCACUCUGAGGUAGAUCACCUAGCCCAGAUCACCCCGUUCUGGGGCCAGCCCCCACAGACGGGAGGACUACCUCCAGACUGCAGCAAGUGUUGUCAUGGAGAUUACGGCUUCAGGGGCUACCAGGGGCCCCCUGGGCCUCCAGGCCCUCCUGGCAUUCCAGGAAACCAUGGAAACAAUGGGAAUAAUGGAGCCACUGGCCAUGAAGGGGCCAGAGGCGAGAAAGGAGACAAAGGGGAUCUGGGGCCACGAGGCGAGCGAGGUCAACAUGGCCCCAAGGGAGAGAAGGGCUCCCCAGGGAUCCCCCCAGAGCUUCAGAUCGCAUUUAUGGCAUCCCUGGCAACUCACUUCAGCAAUCAGAACAGUGGAAUUAUCUUCAGCAGUGUUGAGACCAACAUUGGAAACUUCUUUGAUGUCAUGACUGGUAGAUUUGGAGCCCCAGUAUCAGGUGUGUAUUUCUUCACGUUCAGCAUGAUGAAGCAUGAGGACGUGGAGGAAGUGUACGUGUACCUCAUGCACAACGGAAACACAGUCUUCAGCAUGUACAGCUAUGAAACCAAAGGGAAAUCGGAUACAUCCAGCAACCAUGCGGUGCUGAAGCUUGCCAAAGGGGAUGAGGUCUGGCUGAGAAUGGGCAGCGGUGCCCUCCAUGGAGACCACCAGCGCUUCUCCACCUUUGCGGGCUUCCUGCUCUUUGAAACGAAGUAAAGAGAUGUACAGAACAGUUCCGCCUGAGGAAAGACUCGGAGCUCGGCUGGCAUGAUCUGAGAGGACCAUUAAGUUGAGGUUUCUAAAUGGCGCAUUCUUAACAAAACCCUACUGCUCCUCAUGCUGGGGGUCACACCAAUACUGCUGGAUGACACAGGGGCUCCGAAGACUAAACCACAAAAUAGUCUUCCCUGUGACCUUGAGAAAUACUUACUGCCUUUAUCCACUCCUCUCAUGACAGAAUUGCCACCUAAUGCAGGUUGGAAAUGUUCUCUUCAAGGACGUUGUCUUCAAAGAGUUUUUGGUGCUUUCCUUCGAUGUAGUGUUAGCUUUCAGGAACUAGUGAAGUUUUGAGUUCAUUAUUCUUCAAAGCAUUUUGGAGACUAUAGCCUGAUCAUGAAUGCUGAGGCCCAGGCAAGCAGAGGACACUUUCCAGAACCUAGGAGCUAGAAACAUUUAUAAAACUUCUACUGGGAAAUAACAUUUUGAUUCAGCGGGUUUGUAUCCAUGGAUGAAGUUAGAUAUGUUUUAGCCAUCUCAGAUAGCUUUUAAAUAGCAAAAAUAAUUAUAAUUCUUGCUUGCAUGGCAAGGGCUUAUUGCCGUGGAGCCCAGGGUGAUUAGGAAACUGCUGUCUUUGAAGAGCCAGCAAUCCUUUAGGCAACCAGUCCAAUAGUAUCCCAUAGUCCUAUUAGGGAAGUGGUGGAGAGUCACUCUACCCAAGCGCCUAUCUGCCUUGAAAAGGUAGCCACAGCUAUUGUUUUGGUAAGGGGAGGAGAUAAUUUUUUUCAAUAGUGUAGCCACUGCUAAUUUUCCCACAAUCUCGUUAAAAAAAAACAAUACCCCCCAAAAAAAAACCUCCGCUAAUACAAGCAACCCUAAUUAAACUUAAUGGGGCACCCACACAUGCACAGAUGAAAUAGGGGACUAGUUGAGAAGAAGGGGCCUGAUGGAAAUGGGAGGAAGAAAGGGAAAAUAAUGGAGGAGGAAUGGGAUCAAAAUAUAUUAUACACAUGCAUAUGAUUUGUCAAAAUCUACUAAUUGCCAAAAAGGGAAAAAAGAAAAAAAUAAUUAUAAUACCCACAAAUAAUUGUCUCUUCAUAUUUUCUUUUUAUUUUUAAUGUAAAGAUACUUCUGCAAUGAAUUCUUGACUUCUAUGGCUUACACUUUUAGAAAUACAAUUUUUUUUUUCAAGGUAGGGUCUCACUCUAGCCCAGGCUGUGUAGUCUCAGGGUGGCCUCGAACUCGUGGUGAUCCUCCUACCUCUGCCUUCCGAGUGCUGGGAUUAAAGGCGUGCGCUGCCACACCUGGCUAGAAAUACAAUUUUGUCAUGAUCCAAAAAUUGGGUUUAAUGAAAUCUGGCUUUCCAGUUCUUUUCCUUGCCAUGUUUUUCUUGGGUUGUAGCAGAUCUCCCCCAACUCUGGGGAUCAGAGCUGGCAUGGGAAGCUUAGGUUGACACAGUAGAGGUGUUAUUGCAUGAUUUUCUCUUAAUUUGGGAGUUGCCCCACUAUGUAUUUCAUGUACAAAGUGCAUGGUUGAAGGGCAAUAAAUGGACACCACUGAAGGCAGACUAAUGGAUGGAACAUAUAACGGACAUACAGAAGACAUACAUAUGAAUAUCAAUCUUUUCAACAAACCUUUACUAUCAGAAUGAACGCAUAUUCACAGAGCAGGGUUUUUUUUUUUUUAAUGUCACAAUGCUGUGGAAGGUGUCGCUUGACUUUUGACAUUCCCUACCCCAAGAAAACUAUUCUCAAGAGAACACAUUUUCCACCAAAGUUACUUCAUAAGAGUAUAUCAUAAAUUCCAAAAGUGACAACCAUAGUCAGUACCUUCUCCCAUUUUUCUUUCUUUCUGCUUCUCUUUGGUUUUGGUAGUGCUGAGGUUCAAACCGAGGCUUUCCACAUGCUAGGUACAUGAUGUACCACUGAGCUACACCGUCAGCACCCAAACUUGUCUGUUGUAGACUAGGAAAGGGUCAUUGCAAUGUGUUUACCCUUAUACUGCAUCCUAUUUAAGAUGCACCAGUGAGAUACUCAUCUGAAAAACAGUAUAUAGUGAAUUAGCUUUGAAACAAUGAGUCCUUAAUUUAUGUUCAAUUACAAUUUGAACACACUCAUUGAUUGGCCUGUAAGCCAUGGAUUUCCUCGUACUGCUCACAUGGAAGCUAGGAGCAGAGAGAGAGAAUGAGAGAAGAGAAAUCACUAAUCAGGGACGUCCUAUUUGCUAAGUCAGUGUUCUUCAUGCUCAGUUCAACCUUUGGCCCUUUCUUUUUAUCCACACACUUGUUAAAACCUUUGUGAACUCACAUGCAAUGGUCUUUUAAAGUGAAUGGACAUCAGACCAGAACACUUUUGUGACUUUGUAUAUACUUCUUCCCUAAAGCUGUUGAGUCAUGAGGUUGAAGUUGGCUAUGAUCAAAUGUCAUAAAUAUUUCAUGCAAGUAUGUUACCAAUAGCUACUUGACUGUUUCAUGUUGACCCAGGGGAUAUCUUACCUAAAGAGUGCAUGUUACCUAACAAGUGCCUUGGAGGAAGAUUUUGGCCUGGCUUUAGAUCAAACUGUAGCAAGAAAAAUUUAAUAACUAUAUAUGGAAAUAAAUACCUUUGUUAAUUAAA